CGACCGGGGAGGUCCACAUUUGCUCAGUAGGAAUGCGGUAGGCGGGGCUGCGAGGCUCGUGUCAAACUUUGGGAAUGACAGGAGUGCUGCAGGAUUCGCAAAGAAGGGGAAGUGUCGCCCUCCUGUUUGGAUUACUUCUUUUACGCACAGUGUAUGGGAUUGACCACAUUUUCUGCAGAUAGUAGACGUCCCCCCAGCACACUCCUCAGCCAUGUCCGAGGACCAGAGCCCCCAAACCUGGUCCAUCAACAAAGAUGACUAUGAGCUACACGAGGUGAUUGGGAGUGGGGCCACAGCAGUGGUUCAGGCAGCGUACUGUUUACCACGCAAGGAGAAGGUGGCUAUCAAACGUAUCAACCUCGAGAAGUGCCAGACGAGCAUGGACGAACUCCUGAAAGAGAUCCAGGCCAUGAGCCAGUGCCACCACCCCAACAUUGUGUCUUACUACACCUCCUUCGUGGUGAAGGAUGAGCUGUGGCUGGUCAUGAAGCUGCUCGGAGGCUCCGUUCUGGACGUGAUAAAGCACAUCAUCUCGCGGGGCGAACACAAGUCGGGCGUCCUGGACGAGGCCAGCAUCGCCACGGUGCUGAAGGAGGUUCUGGAGGGUCUGGAGUACCUGCACAAGAACGGGCAGGUCCACAGAGAUGUUAAGGCUGGAAACAUUCUCCUCGGAGACGACGGUUCAGUGCAGAUUGCAGAUUUUGGCGUCAGUGCCUUUCUAGCAACAGGUGGUGACAUGACUAGGAAUAAAGUGCGCAAGACGUUUGUGGGAACGCCGUGCUGGAUGGCCCCCGAGGUCAUGGAGCAGGUGAGGGGUUACGACUUCAAAGCAGAUAUCUGGAGUUUUGGGAUCACAGCCAUCGAGCUUGCCACGGGGGCCGCACCUUAUCACAAAUACCCUCCGAUGAAGGUCUUGAUGCUGACGCUGCAGAACGACCCCCCCGCUCUGGAGACCGGCGUCACGGACAAAGAGAUGGUGAAGAAAUACGGCAAAUCCUUCAGGAAGAUGAUCUCCAUGUGUCUACAGAAGGACCCGGAGAAAAGGCCGACUUCCAUAGAGCUGUUGAAGCAUAAAUUCUUUCAGAAAGCAAAGACCCAUGAAAUAUCUCCACGACAGUUGCUGCAGAGAGCGCCCACAAUAACAGAGAGGUCGAAAAGGGUACGCAGAGUUCCAGGUUCAAGCGGUCGGCUUCAUAAAACGGAGGAUGGAGAGUGGGAGUGGAGCGACGACGAGCUGGACGAAGAGAGUGAAGAGGGCCAAGCAGCCAUCGCUGCCUUAAGGUCUCCCAGAGUGAAGGAGGGCUCGCAGAACUCGGAGUCCUUCCAGACUCCAGAGCCUUUAAGCAGUCUGCCCCCCCUGCUGACCCCAGGUCAGGCAGAUCUACCUCAGGCUGCUCCACUGCAGCCCCCCACCCAGGCUACGUCUCCCACCACUGCUUCUCUCUCACAGGUGCCAGCCGCCUCAGGAGGCCUCAACUCUCCCAUUAGUUUGGUAUUAAGGUUAAGGAAUUCAAAGAAGGAGCUAAAUGACAUUCGCUUUGAGUUCAUGCCAGGCAGAGACACAGCAGACGGUGUUUCCCAGGAGCUGGUGUCCGCCGGCCUGGUGGACGGGAGGGACUUAGUAAUAGUUGCUGCCAAUUUGCAGAAAAUAGUUGACCAACCUCAAGCCAAUAAAAAUGUCACUUUCAAACUGGCGUCUGGAACCGAGGGAUCUGAACUCCCGGACGAUGUCAAACUGAUGGGCUUCGCUCAGCUCAGCAUCAGCUAAACUGUCGAACUACCUGGGACCGUGACUUGCCUAGAAAAUGUGAAAAUAAAAAAUAAAAUAGUUAUAAAUGCAUUUUUUUUCCUUCUAUGGCUGUAUAAAGAAACCACUACUGCCAAAGAAAACAGAAGCGUUUGGUCGCCCGUAGGAAACAUUCAACGCUGCCUCGAUAACGUGGUCAGCUGACGUAUCGCUGACAAAAGUUUACAUGUAGAAGGAUGCAAGUAUCUACACCUCAUCCGUUUAUAUUUCUCUAAUAUGUGAUGCAUUUGCACAAUCUGAAUAACGCCCUGAUAAGUGUAACAAUGCCUUAUAUUCAUCAGAACUACUGAAUGCACGUUUUAAGGGGGGGGUCCCCAGUUACCAUGUGGAGCAAUAUGUUGUCGCAAAAUGUGGUUUCAGCUGUCUAACUUUUUACGCCAUUUUGAUUAAGCCAACUAAAUACAAGGACAACUCAACAAAUGUGAUAUUAAAUAUUAUUUUCAGCACUUCCAAAAGUUAUAUUUAAAGGAUAAGGCUAAUUUUGUGGUCUGUAGUGAUCUCGAAUGUUCAUAAUUUCUUUUUAAAAUUGAUUUCCUGACAUAUCUGGGUAUUGUAGUCGUCAUCAAAAGCUACUCAAACACAAUUUAGGGACUAUUUUCAGCUGCGGAUGUACACACAUGUGGUGCUCUACUUGAGUAUUUAGACAAAUUGACAGGAUGAUCUCACCCAGGGAAAAAUGUAGCACAAUUUGGUCAACGAUAAGUACAAAAUAUAGUGAAUUUUGCCCGUUUUUGUCGCUAUCAAGCAUUAAUACAACAAGCAUUAAGAAGUAUCAGUCUUCUCUUGACAACUUAAUUAGAUUGUCCAGUUCUUUAAAUGAAUAGAAACUUCAAAUAUACCAAAACGUAUAUGAAUAGGGAAAAGUAGAUCACAUUGACUUCUUCUGUCUUCUUCCAAUGUUGCCUCCACUCCUUUACCACAGGUUUGAUGUCUUUUUGUAUAUUAGCUGAUAUAUUGAAAUAAGUGAAAAAGUUCUAUGACAGCUGGAACCACCAGCGUUUGAGUGUCUGUCUGGAAAUGGCUUCUCAAAUUCGUUCAAAAAGGUGCAUUUUAGUUCAUGUGAAUGAAACAUACUUGAUUUAACCUAGUCUGUACAUAAUGACAUUGGGCUUUGUUUGUUUUUAUACUGGGUGUUUCACGCUGGGCCUUUCUUUCUGUCCUCUGACACGAGUGUGGGUUGUAGCGCUGCGUUUAGGAAGAAGACUGCACUGCAGAUCUGGCUUUGAGUUCAUUUUGUCCCCGGCUCCUUUUUUCCUUUCUAAAUCACUUUCUGCCUUUUCGGGAAGUUAGAAUAUAUUUGACAGUUGAGCCACAGCUGUGUUGAUGCACUGGUCAUCUUGAAUUCCCCAAAUGAUUUGACUGAGAACCAGCAAAAAUGUUAAAAACAAACCUUCUUGUUUAUCAUUUUAAAUGAGGUUUCGUUCAUCGUACUCUGAGAACUGAGGUUAGUAACAUAAAGUUUUGAUUGCUAUGAGUUUGGGAUAUGUUAUCUGUUAUCCGUAUAGUUACGUCCUCACAACCUUCACUCUGGAUGUUUUUGUGCAUUACUGAAAUGGGUUAAUAAUCAAUGUGCAUCUGGCAGUUGAUGGCACUUCUGUAAUGUCUCAGUCUGACAUGUAAGCAAGGCUUUAUUUGUUGAUGUGGAAGUGUAAUACCCUCCAGGUGCCAUAUUGAAUGCAAAUUGAUUUUUUUUCUUGCUAAGAAAUGUCAUGAGGAAAUCUUGGACCCUGAAAAUGUUACCUUUUACAUAGCAUUAUAUAAAUACGAUCACGUGUAUUAUUUUUUGGACAUAACGUUGAGGUUUUGAUUCAGAUUGUCAGUAUCUUAGAACUGUAGUUCCUGUUACACGUGAAGAUACCUGAGGUAAAGUUUUCACCUCAAGUGUGUGUGUGUGUGUGUGUGUGUGUGUGUGUGUGUGUGUGUGUGUGUGUGGAGAUCCAUUGGCUUUGUUCUGCCCGCUCACAUGUAGUCUAACCUGCUGUAGCUGAACAGAAGAAGGGCCGUUCCUCAAGGCUGUAAAAUAUUUCUGAUUUCCGCCUGUCCUGUUUAGUUUUUUUCAUUCUUUCUCAUUUGCUCUUCUGUUGAUCGUUUGGGAGUUCAAAGCAUGUUUCCCUGGAUUAUUUUUAAUCAAUAAAGAAUGAGCAUCAGCCGGA